UUUUUUACUUUUGAACAGAGAGGUUGGUUGGCCAGCGGCGCCAAAGUAGAUGAAACAGAUGCAAUAGCAAUAGAAAAGGCAGAGGCGACAACUCGGGACGCAACGAGAGUGACGGCCUCAGUGUGUGUGUGAAACAAACUUACCCGCCUGCUGAGAUACUACAAAGUUUGUUGGUACUUUUCAAAUCCAAAUGUCAGCUGUUUCACGCAACAUGUACUAUAAAAGCGGCACAGUGAAACGAAGAAAAAGAGCAAAUCGCUUAAGUCCAGGACAUCAGGAGAAAGAAGCACGCUGCUAGCAAUCACUGAGAAAGAGCAGCAGCAGCAGCAGCAGCAACAAAGUCAAGAGAGCUGUAAAAAAAAACAACAACAACAACAUACACACACACAGACAAAAACACACCAAAAAGAAGAAAAAAAACACCAACUGCUGCAACAGAGACGACAACAACAAGUAACGGAUAAGUGUUGGAGAAGAGCUAUGUGCAACAGUCAGUAGUUAAAAGAGAAGAAGAAGAAGAAGACGACGACUCUGCACAACACACCCACAACUCUCAACAAUUACACAGACAAUACCUACCUACGCUCUCCUCUCGCUCGCUUGCUUGCUCGCUCACUCACUCACAAACUGCAGCUGCAUUGAGCUCAAAUAGACUCUCCAAAGCGCAAGAAACGGUAGACCAAAGAGUGUUCAGAGCAACGGCAUAGGCGUGAGUGUGUAGAGUCGGGCAUUGGCAGCCAUGACAAUCAUACUCUUCCUGGUGGACACCUCGUCGUCCAUGUGCCAGAAGGCGUAUGUGAAUGGUGUGCAAAAAACGUAUCUGGACAUAGCCAAAGGUGCCGUCGAGACGUUCCUCAAAUAUCGUCAACGGACCCAGGAUUGUCUCGGUGAUCGUUAUAUGCUGCUCACGUUCGAGGAGCCGCCGGCGAAUGUGAAGGCCGGCUGGAAGGAGAAUCAUGCCACAUUCAUGAAUGAAUUGAAAAAUCUGCAAAGUCACGGCCUCACCUCAAUGGGCGAAUCGCUGCGCAACGCCUUCGACUUGCUCAACCUGAAUCGGAUGCAGUCGGGCAUCGAUACAUACGGCCAGGGACGAUGUCCGUUCUAUUUGGAGCCAUCGGUCAUUAUUGUGAUCACCGACGGUGGUCGCUACUCCUAUCGCAAUGGCGUCCAUCAGGAGAUCAUUUUACCGCUAAGCAAUCAAAUACCGGGCACCAAAUUCACCAAAGAGCCCUUCCGCUGGGAUCAGCGUCUGUUCUCGCUCGUAUUGCGCAUGCCGGGCAAUAAAAUCGAUGAACGUGUCGACGGAAAGGUGCCCCACGACGAUUCACCCAUUGAGCGCAUGUGCGAGGUAACCGGCGGUCGGUCCUAUCGCGUCCGCAGCCAUUAUGUGCUCAAUCAGUGCAUCGAGAGUCUGGUGCAGAAGGUUCAGCCCGGUGUUGUGCUGCAAUUCGAGCCCAUGGUGCCCAAGGAGUCGAGCGGGGGCAGCGGCAACAAUGGCAACACCAGCAACAGCAGCGGCAGCAACAGCAGCAGCAGCGGCAGCAACAACAACAGCAACAGCAACAACAACAACAAUAAUAAUAAUAGCAGCAGCAACAAUAAUAACAGCGGCGGCGGCGCCAGCAGCUCGACAGCUGCCACAUCCACAUCGAAUGAGCCGACGCCGGACAUUGUCUUCCAGCCGAUCAAGAAGAUGAUCUAUGUGCAAAAGCAUAUCACACAAAAGACUUUCCCCAUCGGAUAUUGGCCGCUGCCGGAGCCCUAUUGGCCGGACUCGAAGGCCAUCACGUUGCCGCCGCGUGAUGCCCAUCCGAAGCUGAAGAUCCUAACGCCCGCCGUCGAUGAGCCGCAGCUGGUGCGCAGCUUUCCGGUGGACAAGUACGAGAUCGAGGGCUGCCCCCUAACGCUGCAGAUACUCAACAAGCGGGAGAUGAACAAGUGCUGGCAGGUGAUCGUCACCAAUGGGAUGCACGGAUUCGAGCUGCCCUUCGGCUAUCUGAAGGCAUCGCCGAACUUCACACAGGUGCAUCUAUACGUGCUGGCCUACAACUAUCCGGCGCUGUUGCCGCUGCUGCACGACCUCAUCCACAAGUAUAACAUGAGUCCGCCCAACGAUCUCAUGUACAAGUUCAAUGCCUAUGUGCGCUCCAUACCGCCCUAUUACUGUCCGUUUCUGCGCAAGGCGCUGGUCAACAUCAAUGUGCCGUACCAGCUGCUGCAGUUCCUGCUGCCGGAGAAUGUGGACAACUAUUUGUCGCCGACGAUAGCGAAUCAAUUGAAGCACAUCAAGAACACGGCCAAACAGGAUCAGGAGAAUCUCUGUCUGAAGGUCUACAAGCAGCUGAAGCAGCCAAAGCCGCCCUAUCGCCAGGUGGAGACGGCCAAACUGUGCACGGGCGCUGCACUGCGUCGCGAUCUCGUCCGGCAUCCGCUGUUGCGCGACACGUUCGCCAAGCUCCAUGCCGAAAUCGAGCCCGUCGAGAACUAUACGAUCGUUGUGCCCCAGCUGACGCAUCAGUCGUCGGCGAAAACGUAUCGCAAUCCGUUCGAUAUACCACGUCGGGAUCUGGUCGAUGAGAUUGCUCGGAUGCGGGAGACAUUUUUGCGACCCGCCAGCCUGGUGGCCAAGGAUUCGGGCCAUUGUCUGCCCAUCGCCGAAAUGGGCAACUAUCAGGAGUAUCUCAAGAACAAGGACAAUCCGUUGCGCGAAAUCGAGCCAACGAAUGUGCGCCAGCACAUGUUCGGCAAUCCCUAUAAGAAGGACAAGCACAUGGUCAUGGUCGACGAGGCCGAUCUCAGCGAUGUGGCGCCCAUGAAGCAGAGCUCCCAUGGCGGCAAUGGCAACCACUCGCCCACAUCCGGCGGCAGCGGCGGCGGCGGCGGCUCCUCCGGCAAUUCUGGCGGCGGCAUGGGUUCAGUUGUUGGCGGCAUGUCCGGCCUAAUGCUCGGCGGCGGCGGCAACGGCAACAACAACAACGGCGGCGGCGGCAGCAGCAGCAGCAGCCACCACAGCAUUGGCCUGGGCGGGCCCAUGGGCGGUUUCAGCUCCAAGAAGCUGGAGACUACAACACGCGGUCGCAAACGCAAGGCGGGUCCCUUGCCGCGCGCCUUCGAGUUCCGGCGCAUGUCCAUGGACUCAUUGCGCAGCGGCAGCGCCAGCCCCAGCUCCGCGGUCAGCAGCGUCUCCGAGCUGCUGCUGCUCGACGAGGACAGCAACAGCAGCUAUGCAUCCGAGGCGUCCAUCAGCAGCAGCAGCAGCAUCAACAGCAUCAACAGCAUCAACAGCAUCAACAGCAGCAGCAGCAGCAGCAACGGCGGCGGCGGCGGCAACAAUGACUCGGGCAACAUUGACGCCGGCAACAAUGACUCAGGCUUGUCGCUGGGUCCGCAUACGCCGGAACGCAUGAGCUUUGAUUUCAGCGAGGAGGAGACCGGCGAGCAGGAGAUGCCGCUCAAUGGUUAUGUGCACAACUUUAUCAACGGCAUCAGCGACGAGGAGCGCGCCAACGAAGUUGACAACAACAACAGCAGCAGCAGUAGCCCCGCCAGCAGCAGCAAUAUAAGCAGCAGCAGCAGCAGCGGGAGCGGCGGCGGCGGCAGCAGCAGCAGCGCUGGCAACAGCAACAGCAGCAGCAGCAUCGCAGCGGCAACUGCCACGACGGAAACGCUGGCGGCAACAGCCAGCAGCAGCAGCAGCAGCAGCCUGGCAGCAAUUGCAGCCGUCAGCAACGGCGCGCCCGAGCCGAGCAGCAGCAGCAUAAGCUAUGCCAGCAAUCACAGCAGCAGCAUCAGCAGCAGCAGCGCCUGCAACAGCAGCAGCGGCGUCUUUUAUGUGCCGCUCAACGGGCUGACCAUGCAGCAUCAUCCGGCGUACAGCAGCAAUGUGGGCGCAACGCACGUGCCCCUCGACAAUGCCAUGAACAUGCUGGAGGCAACAACGGCAAUGCAUAAGGUUGGCGCAGGCGCAGCAGCAAUGCCGCCGCUGUUGCUGGUGGCCAACGGCUAUACGAGUCAGCAUGCGGCGAUGCUGUCGCCGCCGGCCGUGACCGCACCAGCUGCCACAGCAGCAGCGGCGUCAGCAACCGCAGCAGCAGCAACGACCAACAGCAGCAGCUCAACAACAGCAGCAACAGCAGCAACAACACCUACCUAUUAUAGUCAUAAUGAUAUCAAUGAUGCCUCCGAGAUCUCGCGCAUAUUGCAAACCUGCCACAACGGCAACAGCGGCAGCAGCAGCAGCCACAACAGCGGCAGCAGCAGCAGCGGCAGCAGCAACAACAGCAGCAGCAGCAACAGUAACAGCAUCGGCAGCGGCAGCAACACUUUAAACGGCAAUGCCAGCGAGGGCAAUGGCCAUGAUCCUGAAGUGGACAACAUAGCUGUUAACUGCUUUGAUGCACUGAAGCGCACAGCCGGCGGCAGCAGCGCAACAACUGCUAGCAAUCCGCAUUUCUACUGGGGCAGCGGCCUGAGCCACUACAACAGCAACAUCAACAGCAGCAGCAGCAGCUUUCAUAGCAGAACUUACGGCAACAGCAGCCCCAAACUGGAGCCAAAAGCAUCGCCGACGCACGUCAGCAACAGCAGCAGCAACAACAGCAACAACAACAGCAACAACAACACCAACACCAACAGCAACAGCAACAACAACACCAACACCAACAGCAGCAACAGCAGCAACAACACCAACACCAACAGCAGCAACAGCAACAACAAUAGCAAUAACAACAACACCAACAGCAACAGCAACAAUAAUAAUAAUAGCAAUAUUAACAACAAUAACAAUAAUAAUAAUAGCAAUAACAACAACAACAACAGCAACGAUAAUGAUAAUGAUAACGAUAACGAUAACGAUAAUAACGGCGAGAUCGCGAGCUCGCCGGAACGCAUCCUCCUCAGCGAGGAUCAGCGCGAAGCGGCGCGCAAACAUAAUGUGGAUUUGCGUUUGCAAAUUUUUCGUGAUAUACGACGACCAGGUCGGGAUUACAGCCAACUGCUGG